AGCCAUUGAAACCUUAUGGCGACGGUUCUUUCUUAUUCUCACAAUGCUCUUCUUCUUUGCUCCGCCAAAACCCUCAGCGCAGAUGAUCCAGCGCGAGGAUUCUUGUCGCGGCGAUCGAUCUGUGAGUUUCGGUGGGAGAAGGCGCGGCCGAUCCUCGGAUGCAAGCGGCGAUGGCGCGGAUUGGCAGCAGCCGCGGCAGCAGCGGAUUCUCUUAUGCCUGGAAUUUCGACCGAUGCCAGCGUUUUGGAUCUUUCGGGCAAUGUGAUCUCUCUGACUGAUUUGUGGAAGGAUCGAACUGCUGUCGUUGCCUUUGCUCGGCAUUUUGGGUGUAUCCUCUGUCGCAAACGGGCUGAUGUUCUAGCAUCGAAGAAGGAAGUGUUCGAUGGUGCUGGUGUGUCGCUUGUUCUGGUCGGUCCCGGCACUGUCGACCAGGCAAAAGCAUUUGCUAGCCAGACACAGUUCCCCGGAGAAGUUUAUGCCGAUCCAACCCAUGCUUCAUUUGAAGCGUUCCAAUUCGUCUCUGGCGCGUCCACCAUCUUUAAUCCCAAGGCUGCUAUGCGAGUUAUGGGAGCUCAUUUAGAAGGCUAUCGACAAGACUGGGGGCUCUCUUUCGAGAAAGAUACUGUACAGAGAGGUGGCUGGCAGCAAGGAGGAAUUGUCAUUGCUGGGCCCGGGAAAGAUCGGUUGCUCUACGUCCACAAGGACAAGGAAGCAGGCGACGAGCCCGAUAUCAAAGAAGUCAUAGAAGCAUGUUGUGAGAAACAAAACUUGUCAUGAUGCAUAUUUCUCGCUGCAAGUUCUCAGCCAUCUGCAAGCUUUGGACGAGACCUCCGUCCGAAUUCAUGUAAGCAAUGUUGGCAAGCAACACGCUCGCAUAAGUUGCCGCUCUCCGGACACGAAGCACGUCUUGUCGGGAGCUUGAGCUUGUCAUACGUAUCCAACACUGGUAAACUGUCCGUUUUGAGUAAAGGCCGCGAGAAUCGUCCUCCAAGAGAUGAUGUCCAGAAGAGGCGACAGAUCGAAGAACUUGGCAGCGCGAUCGAUGUGUCCGUUGUGCGCGUAGGCCGAAAACAUGGUCGUCGGGGAUCUCCGGCAUCGCAUUGUACGCCUCGUCGCAGUAGCCCGACUGGCCGUACGCGAAGAUCACCGUGUUCAACGAGACCAGGCUCUGGAGUGGCAUUUGAUCGAACGUAAACUUGGCUUCCUCCACCUGUCUCGCGUGAGCUGCGAUCAUCGCCUUCCAUGCCAUCGAGUUGCGCUCCGGCAUUGAUUCAAACACGCUCUUGGCGCUUUCGAGGUGGUC